CAAGCGGCGUUGCUUUCCGGCCGGGGCUGAGCAGGAAGAGACGAGAAGGAGGCAGGGCCGGAGAGGCCUGGUCUGACGGCGCGUGUCUCUCUCGGUGCGUGUCCGAAGGCGGAGGCAGGCGGGCCGGAGAGGGGGUCCGGGAGACUCCCAGGCCUCGGUGCGGCCUGCUCCGCGGGACUCAGGAUGUUUAAGAAAUUUGAUGAAAAGGAGAAUGUGUCCAAUUGUAUCCAGUUGAAGACCUCUGUUAUUAAAGGCAUUAAGAAUCAACUGAUCGACCAAUUUCCUGGUAUUGAGCCAUGGUUAAACCAAAUUAUGCCAAAGAAAGACCCUGUCAAGAUAGUACGAUGUCAUGAACAUAUAGAAAUCCUCACAGUAAAUGGAGAGUUGCUGUUCUUCAGGCAAAGGGAAGGGCCUUUCUAUCCCACACUGAGAUUACUUCAUAAAUAUCCGUUCAUUCUACCACAUCAGCAAGUUGAUAAAGGAGCCAUUAAAUUUGUACUUAGUGGAGCAAAUAUAAUGUGUCCUGGCCUGACGUCUCCAGGAGCUAAACUUUAUCCUGCAGCUGCUGAUACAAUCGUGGCAAUAAUGGCAGAAGGCAAGCAACAUGCACUGUGCGUUGGAGUCAUGAAGAUGUCAGCAGAUGAUAUAGAGAAGGUCAACAAAGGGAUUGGCAUUGAGAAUAUUCACUAUUUAAAUGACGGCCUCUGGCACAUGAAGACGUAUAAGUAAAGUGGCAGAUGAGGUGCAGCUCUGACAGAUUGCACUCCCUGUCAUUGUGGACUACUUUGUAAUUCUGUUUUUAUGCGUGACUGAAUGUACAAACUUAUUUUGUUCUGUGGCUAUGCUAAAUAAAUCAAGUGAAUGCUGAAA